AGGGAAACUAUAGUACUAUACCCUACAAGAAAAAAGAGGCAAAUUUCAAAACGGAGCAGAGGCCGAUCAGGGAGAGAUGAAGAUCGAAGCUAAGAGGAACUUCGAAUUCGAUCUCGAAGAUGACGACGAUGAGGAUUUCCUUUCUGCGGUUGCCGCGGCUGAAGCUCGUGCCCUAGCCAGUAAACGCAGAAGGAUCCCCAAUCAUACCAUCGAUCCGCCCAAAAUGGCAAUCGCGGAGGAACCGGAAGGACUCUACAUGGCCGCUUUGAGAGGAAAACCUAAUCUCCCGUCUCAAAUUUCCGGUGGAACAGCCAAUUCUAGGGCGAAGGGCGUCGCCGCUGCCAACAGGGGCUUCGUUUCUGCAAAUCCUACUGCUCAAUCGGAAGGCGGUGGUUCGUGUUUCAAAUGCGGGAAAUUAGGGCAUUGGGCCAGAGACUGCGAUGCUCCGGGAGGCGGUGGGUCUUUCGGCACUGCAGGGACUGAUGCGUCUGUUGCGGAGAAAGCAUGCCCCUGUGGAUUGGGAGUUUGUAUUGUGCUAACUGCGAAUACGGAAAGGAAUCGCGGUCGAAAGUUUUACAAAUGUCCCGUUCGACAGGAAAAUGGUGGGUGCGGAUUCUUUGAGUGGUGUGACAGUGCUUCUGGAACUAAUGUGAUGACUUAUGGGAGCCAAAAUCGUGCAUCAAGUUCAUUAUUCUCAGACCUCAUGUGCCCCUGUGGUGCUGGUUCUUGCAUUAUUCUAACAGCUAAAACAGGGGAAAAUGUUGGUCAGCAAUUCUAUCGUUGUCCUUCAUAUCAGGAAAGUUGUGGGUUCUUCCAGUGGUGCAAGGAGCCUCCCAUGGCAACCAAGAAUCAAGUGAAUGACUAUAAGAUCUAUGGUAACGCAAAUGAUACAAGCAAAAGCUUUGCUCCAACUCCAAGAACCAGUUCUUCCAUAGAUGCAAGCAGAAGCUUUGCCGUGAGAACCGGUUCUUCCUGUUACAAAUGUGGCGGCGAAGGGCACUGGGCUAGAGAUUGCUCACAAUCACAUACAUCAUCUAAUCCUCCAUUUGCAGAGUUGGGCAGAAAUCCAUCUGCAUCUGGAACCUGUUUCAAAUGCAGUAAGCCUGGGCAUUGGGCGAGGGACUGUCCUAAUUGUUGAAAUUGAAAGGUACUUCUACUACCCUCUUGGCUCUUGGUGCUUCUGCAGCUGUAGGACUGUUUCAAGCUUUUUAGGAGUUGUUUAAGCUUGUAAAUUCACCUGACAUUUUGCCUAUUUUGCCCACAAUUGAAGUUUACAUUUAUUUGCUCCAGUUAGAGUGGAAAGUAGAUUAUAUGGAGAUGGGUUAGCUUA